AUGUUUAUACAAUCCGUACUAGCCAGUUUAUCGUUACUCCAAGAUGAAGAAUCUAUCUAUCUAUCUAUCUAUCUAUCUAUCUAUCUAUCUAUCUAUCUAUCUAUCUGUAAACUUUUUAUUCGAUAUCUAUUUUCUUUCCCUUUCAUUAUUCUAUCUUUUACCAUGCUCUCUCUCUCGUCCCCACUCUCUUGCUUCUCUCCCUCUCUCUCUCUCUCUCUCUGUCACUCUCUCUCUUCUAUUCUAUUCUUUAUCGCCUUUCUCUUUUGUUCUUCUUCUCACUCUCUGUCUCCCUCUUUCUAUCAUUCCCUUACUUUUCUUUCUUUUUAUUAUUUUUUUCUAAUUUGGUUUUCUAGUUUGGUUUUUUGGUUUCUUCCUUCUCUUUUUUUUUUUGGGGGGGGUCUUUAUACUCUUUUAUACUCUCUCUCUCUCUCUCUCUCUCUCUCUCCCUCUCUCUUCUGUUCUUCAUAUCAAUUUCGUUUCCUUUCUCUUUUGUUCUUCUUCUUACUCUGUCUUUGUCUGUCUCUCUCUUUUUCUUUUCUCUCUUCCUAUUAUCAUUUCCUCUAA